UUUUGUUUAGCGUCGUUACCAUGGUAACGUGCCGUGCCUCGGCCUGGCUUUAAACAGUCUGUUGUCGGAUAACAGAAAUAACGUUAUGGUACGCUAGUUGGUUGAAACUACGGUUGUGGGCUCAGAAAUGGAUUUGCCGGCCUCAUAUUACGGGAAACUUGAUAAAAGAAACCCAGUUAUUUCAGCGUUUGAACGAGACAUUAACUCGUUUAUAACGCUGAUGAGACGAGCCGCUUCAUCGACUAGUCCGGACAACAGCUCUUCUGCUAACGGGAUUAAAAUCCUGGUGGAGAUAUGGAAAAAGUACAAACAUCGACUGCCUCCGAAGUUGUACCAGGAGCGCAUGCUGCACAUUGCAGACUUUCUCUUUGGGAUAAAGUUGUACCAGCUGGCUCUUUGGCAGGGCUAUAGUCUCCACCUGCUGCAGUUCAGCUCAGUGAAAAUAACUGACAUCACAGAUGUGGACCACUUCAUGGCCUGCUUCUUCCCUGAAGGUUUUGAUACAGACCAAGAGACCUUUGCCAUGAAGGUCCGUGCAAUGCAUGGAUGUGCCCUGUGUAUAUUUGAGCAGGAGAAAAGUCACAGUGUCCUCAGCCACAAGGGACUCUGUGAAUUGCUGGGAGUGCUGAACUUCAUCAGGAUCAUGAUGCAGGCUUUUCAGCAACAUGAGCACCUCUGCUGGCAAAUAUAUAAUGGUUCGCUACACACCUACACCAUCUGUCGUUACCUGAUGACCAUGAACUGUAGUGCACAGGCACUGGAGUACCUUCUGUGGGCAAGCAUCAGUUUAGAGCUCUCCAUCCCUCUGAUGAAUGCUAAGUAUCUGCCAUGGAUUGUUACACUCUACUGUGCUGUCUGCCACUGUUACUAUGACAACCAGGCUUGGGUUCAGGUGGAGGAAUUUGCCAGGAGAGCCCUUGGGAAAAUCAAUGAGCUAGCAAAGAUGGAGGAGCAGAAUGAUGUUCCUGCCACCAGAGAGACUCAGAGAGCUUACAAGGAAGCCUCUAUCAAGUUGGCUGCUAUGAUGUUCAAGCGUGCAGUGUUUGAGGCCAGAAGGAGACACAAACCAAUAUAUAGAAUAAAAACCAAAAGCACCCUGAAGGACAUACCCAAAGCCCCAUGGCCUCGUACUACAACAGAACGCAUGCUAAUGGGCCUGUUUGACAGCAGCGCAGCACAGUUCUUGGGCAUCUUGGAAGCCCUUUGGGACAGCACCAGACACCCACUGCAGACCAGGAUGCCUGAUGAACCAGAGGUGCAGGAGGUGAUCCUGGAACUCCUAUCUGCUGGCAUCAGUAUAUUAUCUGGAGUUGAAACUACUAGUGAAUCUCUCAGUGCACUGACACCAACAUCUACUCUAAUGGAUUUAGCCAUUACAGGAGAAAACAAAAUACCCAUCAUGUCUGCGAUGAGGUUCAUUAAGCUGUUGUUUCAGUACAAGCAGCCAGAUGCGUUCACUGAACUUGCCAGAGGGAUGCUUCAGGUUUUGUCUGGUGUGGAAGGUCGAUCAUUCAGGAAGGCAGAGCUGGAGCUUGCAUUAUUUGAUAGUUUCAACAGUCUGCUGUCUUCCCAGGGGAGCCGUAGUAGAGAGGACAGCAUGAUUGAUGACAGACACAAGUCUUCAUUCUCAAUGAGUGAUGAGUUCAUUGGCCUCGUAGACACCCUGCACAAGUCUGUUUGUGGGUCUGCUCCUCAGGUACAGCCAGAUGGGGACCUGGUUGUGGAUGUUGUGUUAUUUCUGUGGGGUAAAGUAAAGGUGGCCAUGAAGAGGGAUCAGCUGCAAAACCUAGAGUUUACACACUACCUUAAGAAGGUAGAUAAUCACGACAAGUGGCUGUGGUGUCUGUCUGUGCUGUGUGAGGUGGCCUUUGCCUGUGACCUGGCCACUAUUGACUGCAUAAUGACGGCAGAGAUGAUCCACACAUUGGCUAUACUGCUAGAGAGUGCAGCUGAACACAGUCAUCAAACACAAUAUCCAGCUCGUGAAGCAGACAGUGCUGGUGUGAAGCCAAGCUAUUGCUCUCUUCUUGAGAGUUCAAGUACAGAGCUGCUUCAUAAGGUGUGUGAGGUAGCGGAGAGGGGUCUUGAAGCUCUGGCGAAGGGUGUAUCUACACUGCUGCCCCAAGAUUGCUCAGCAAUCACUGACUCUGCCUUCAUGCAGAGAUUUGGUCCCCUCCUUCUAUCUACUCCCUCUCUAUGUUUUUUGACACCAUCAGAAGAGGAAAAUGAAGAUAAAUUAAGUAAGAAGGAAAAAGAAGACGUGGAAACUGAGGCAGAAUCAGAUAUUAAAGGCUCUCAACACACUCAGUCCACACGCGUGUUCCUGCUGGCCACAGACCUUCAUCUCGAGCUAAACAUCAUCCGUCACAGGGCUUCUCUCAAGUUACUGCAGCUAAACGCAGUUGCAGAGUCUGAACUCUUGGAUCGGAUCAAGAAGAACAAGUUGUCCAAAGCUCUUUACCUGAUCCAGAAAGCCUUGCUGGUGUACAAAAACAAGGAUCCAAAUAACAGCAACAACCAAACUAAUAGUCUGCUAGAGGAGGCGUCCACCCUGAUAGAGAAAGCAGGGGUGGAGGAGAGAAAACUGUAUUUCUCCACCACCCGUAAAAAUCCAGCUGAAAAUAAAGACAAAGACAUGAAGGAGCAAGAACAAAACCCUCCUCCUCCCCCCAUCCUACUCUCACGCACUGACCACUCCUUUACAUUUGCCCCAGCACCAUAUAACUUGGAGAGACAAGUGUGCUGGUACCAGCUCUGCGGUACAGCUGCUGCCAUUAACCGGAAAGUCCGCCUCGGAGACUGCAGCCUGCCAGGAACUGGAAAUAUGUGUGAUUUUGUAUGUUUAAAGGUACCAGCAGUACCUGGUGGGUGCAUGCUGAGGGUGGAGGGGCUGGAGCCCAACCAGAAGUAUGUGUUUGCUGUUGCAGCCUACAACAGCCAGGGAAAGCUACUGGGCAACACCAUAGGACGGACAACAGUCCCACUGCUGGCAUCCAUGCCUGCACCAUUGCUCUCCACGUGGGCUCACUUGGCACAGGUGGCAUUUCAAACGGAGCAGUAUGGUGUAGCAAAGAUAGCCUGCACCGAACUGUGGAGCCACUAUACCUACUCCGACCCCGUGUCCCACGGCACACAGAAUAGACUUGCUACCACAGGGCUGCGUGUCCAGACCCUGCAAUGCUCCUCUCCUUACGUAUGUCAGUUGUUCCUCACUUCCAUCUUUAUUGAGACAGAGAUCAACAUUCACCUGGGAUCGCUCUACUGUGACUCAUUCAGUGACAACGGAUUGUUUAUCUGGGAACAGGAAGCCAGAUUGGCAGAGUGUGAGCGAAUGCUGGUCGCCAUGGAACUAGCGAUGUGGUUUAAUGACGGUAGCGCUGCCGUGCAAGCAGUAGUUUGCUGUUAUGGCCUUUUGGCACCUCUAAUCUUCCAUCAGAUCAUUUGCGACCCUGUGGUACAGAUGCUAAAGAAAUGCCUCAUAGUUUUGGAAGAAAAUUCCAGUCUUCUCAAACAAAAAUGGACUGGAAACACCUCAGAGUCAUUUAUGCAUAUGGUAGCCUGCAUCACCUACUACCUGUCGAAGGCAUUUCGUGUGCUCGGGGAGCAUCAGAUGGCUUCUGUGGUGAUGGACUGUGGACACAGGCUGCUCCAAGAGGUCUAUGAUGCCCAGCUGCAGAUCAGCAGACAUGCCAAUGCAGCUGUGGGUGUAAAGAACAGGGGAAAAUCUAAGACAGAUCAUGCUGCAAUCAAGGGUGAAACGAAGAUAAGUCUUCAGCUGAAGGCACUGAAUUGGAAGAACAAGGAAAGAAUCACAUCUGAAGUAGCUCUGACCGCGGACAAUGAGAUUCCACGCCCACUGACUGGCUGUGAGGAUCCCACCAUAUUGUAUGAUCUGAUCUCCAACAUCACAUUAAAGGAAGCCUAUCAAGAUGUGAUGAAGCUCAGACGCAAGACAUAUUUUGUUGAGAUAGCGGCACUGCUUCUCCAAAGAACCAUGGAAGAAGGCCACCCAGACCUUGUGUUAAAGUGGGGGCAAAGCAUAUUGGAAUUUCUUUCCAGGCGUGACGAGGUGAUGGGAAUGUCCACAAAAUGUUUGGAGGGAAACGGUCAGAGUAAGAAAAGAAGUAGUGCUCAGACACAGAAAGGAAAUGAACCACCUCAGCAGAACAAGAACACACCUUCUCACGAUGAUUCAAGAAAGAAACUAAAGCAGAAAAUGCCCCACAGCAUGCUUCAGAGAGUGAAAACUAACAGGGAAAUGCAGGCUGUAGAGAACCUGCUAACCAUGAUGUCGUCUGUGGUGCAACGCCACAAGAAGCAGCUUCAACUGAGGAACAUGUGCUCUGAGGAGAGAGUGUGGAAGUCUCAAAUCAACUACAACAUGGCUCAAGCCCAUUUAGCGCUGCUUUACCAGGGCCUGGACCAGCUGCACGGAGGAGCCCUGCAGCACAGGUACAGCCAGUUCAAUCCCUUAUAUUUCUCUCUGGCCUUCUCUGGUAUCCUCGUACAACAGCAGUUUUCUCAAUAUGAGGCCGUCUCAGAGAAAGACUCUACUCACUCUGGUCUUAGAGACUAUGUGGCUGCACAGAAAAACAAGAGCAAAAAAGAGGUGGUCAGAGUUGAUGACUCUGUCUCAGAGGACAGUUGUGAGGAGGGAGAGGACUCUUCUCAAACUGUGGAACAGCAGAUUGAGAUGCACAAACGCACUGCUUCCCUGCUGCUGGAGUCACUCAACAAAGCUGCUUUACAUUUCCGAAGGGCCAUGGUGCUGGCCCACCGUGGCAGCCACUGGACGACAUUGCAGUGUGUGUGUCAGACUGUGUGGGACCAAAACUGCAGAAUCACUAUCCUAGUGCAGAGAGCUGCCCAGCUCGAAGCUCCCUCCCCCAUCACAGCAGACCAGCUGCACACCACCUUCACGCCGCUACUGGUGCUGGCUACUGAUCUAAUCAUGGACAUGCUGCACAGACUAGGGCUGUGGAGUUUGUAUGACAGCGACUUGACUGAGGAGGAUCUAGAGUCCGGUCUCCACUUCUCAGCCCCACUUGAUGACAGCACCCAAGUGGACCUGCGUUGGGUCCGCACCUUGGUGUUGCACACUCUGGAGCACCUCCACAACAGUGGAAAAUGGGAAAGCCUGGCCCACUUUGCAUUAGUUUUCAACUCACACACACAGGAUCGUUAUGCCUUGAUCGUUACUCCGCUACUAGUCCAUGCUCAGAGGAGGCUGCUUGACAGGAUUAGUUCUUUUGGAGGACCUGCAGUCCCACAACCACAUCAUGUCAAGACACAGAAGGUCACUGGCAAGGAGGUAACUUACAGGAGCUACACAGGCUCCCAGCUGCUCAGUGGGUGGACGCCUCACCCUGCACAGCAAACACCCAUUUGCAAAAAAGCAGCACUAACAAACUUCCUUCCUCGAAGUGCAGUUGAUCUUAAAGGCGCAGAGAUACAGCUCUCCAUGUCCCUUGUGUGCGUUCCUCUGGAUGUGGAAGACACACUGAGCUGUUACCGUCAAGCUCUUGAGAGAAGACCACAUUGUCUUCAGGUCUUUCAGCAUAGUCGCUCAUUGCUGCUGCUGCUGCUUCUGGGACACACACAACCCUGCUUUGUGGCACAGUUUCAGCACUGUCAGAGCAGAAGUCUCAGCCAUUCUACAAGUCUGGUGGAUUUCAGUCCCAUAGUUAGGCCCACUCCAAACAUCCAACCUUGUGACCUGACAGAGGAGGACUACAGUACUCCAAGUGCUCUCUACAGCCUCCCCAUCAGCCCUGACCACAUGACGACUGUCACUGCUGCAUACUCCACCUCCAUUAAGUAUCUCCAGGCCAACAGUCAUGACUCCCUCAAAGUUCUGGCACUGCAUGAAAUGGGAAACCUACAGUUCUACAAUGGAAACACAAGGGCAGCACACUCAUACUGGAAUAAAGCUGUAGAUUGUGCCUUAAAGAGCUCAGGCGCUGUAGAGAAAUGGGAUGGCAUGUCCUUUGGGGGUGGCUCCCUGCAACAAACCCUGAAACAAGCUGGCAUUUGGGGAUGUCUACAAGCCGCUGGGCUCACUGCUAAAAUUGCACAGUUUAUCUUAACUUCUGAUAUCAGCCAGCGGACCAAGUGCUGUCUCCUGUCUGCUCACCUCUUUAAGUGUGUGCUGUGUUGCUCCCUGGCUCAGCCUCAAGCCGACCUCCAGUAUGCCCAUCACAGCAUUGGAGAUGAACUGCUCCCUGGAGUUGACCUUUUCUCUGAACCACAUAGGGUUCACCUUGGCACCACUGUAACUAGUCUUAAGUUUAUCUGCUACUGGCUUUUCACCACAGGCUACUACAUAACGGUACUGCCCAUACUAGCCCUUUACCUACAUUUUGUGGGGACUGUGUGCAGAGAUGUGCAACGCACUGUUGAGGGCAAAAUACUAAAGAUACGUGCCCUUACUGAACUGUGUCUGUUCACUGAAGCUGUAAAGGAAUCAGUUCAGCUCACACAUGGAACGGGGGUACUUCUGCCUUAUGGACACUACAUCGCCAAAGACAAUCUGCAACCUGUGAAGACGUUCUACAGCAACAAGUCUCUCCUGGACAAUGCUAAGGCUUUGGAAGAACUUGUGAACUGUGACUUUGCUCAAGAGGUUUGCAAGCUAUAUGGAUCCACACUGUGCCUCCGAUUCAACCUUGCUCGUAUUCAACUAGUCCUGGCACUCAGUAACACCGUAGAUGGCCCUCCUGUGCCAGAUUCUCUUGAAGGAGAAGUAUCUACCAGCAUAAGAAGUUGUUCAGUAAACUCAGAACACCAUCAACAGGACAGACUGGACAGCUCCUGUCUAAUCACAGAAAAGCCAAAAGUCCUGACUCUUGAUACAGAGAAAGAAAAGCUCACUCCGGAGAGGAUUAAGUUUCUUUUGCUAGAAGGAGCAUCCUCCUUGUUGCAUGCCACUUUGCAGCAUACUGAGGUAUGUAGUGAAAUUGAGAACCUGGAACUGGCAAUAGAAUCCAAUCUACUGAAGGCCAAUCUGUACCUGCAGCAAGGACAUGCCUCACUUAGUUCUGAGAUGGCAGUUUCUUCCUUGGUGCUGCUGCAGACGUCUCCUUUAAUCAUGAGAGGACCCAUACAAAGCUCUAAGAAACCGGAAUCUGAGCUCCCAAAUGCCAGGACUGAAAGUGAACAGGGUUCUAAAGGUUGCGGUGUGUCAAACCCCCUGCAUAGAGACUGUUCCAGAGCAGUGGAGGCCAGUGAAAGAAUUGGAGUUUAUCUAUGGAUGCGUUGCCGACUAGCUCUGGUCCGCAGCCUGGCUACACACGUCCCUGGCGCCACUACCCUUUUCCCAGGGAGGAACAUUAAUGAAGAGGCAGCUCGGAUGUUCCAGGAGGGUCUUGAUGAAUGUGCACAAUGGGGAGACCUCGAUAUUCAAGCCCUUUUGUUGGUCGAAGGUGCAGAAUUCGAAGCACAGAGAGGAAAAACUGAUGAAAGCAUGGCAAUGCUGCAGGAAGCGGUGAGUCUGCUGUCAGGACGGACUUGUAUGCCACCAGGGUCCAGUUUGACACUGGCUCGGGCCACUUUGUUGCUCAGUGACCUGAGAGGACUACAGAGCACCACACUUCUAAAACUGACACAGAAACUACUGGAAAAGCAGCUAUGUGUUUUUGGUCAGAGUGUGCUGUCAAAUGAUGGAAACGUGCGUUUAUCUCCUGCCGGACCGAGCAACAUCUACCUCCCUUACCUCAGCAUACUGGAUCAGGCCACUUUGCGAAUUGGUCACAUCCUGGAUCUCAACUCCAUGGAAAGGACAGUCUCGGCCCAGUCAUCACAACCCACUUCCAGUCAGCAUUUGCAUCUGUCCACCCAGAUUGAGAGAGACUUCCCAAGCACCUUCAGUCCUACAGGCCCCACAACCUCAGCCUUAGAGCCAGAAUAGAAUGACACUAAUUAUGUGUUGUACUUAUUACUGCUCUCUCCCAGUCCUGUAUAUAUUGAGAGACAUAGCUGGAAAAGAGACCAAAAUGUUCUGGGAAACCUGGUGUAAUAACGCAUUAUGUAAUAAACUUACUAAUUAAGAA